AUAUGUUGUCUUUGCCGAGUUGUGUCACUCUUUUACUCAGUGUAAGCUUUGUGAUUGGCGAAAUAACAAAUCAAGGAUGGUGGAAAAAUGCAGUUUUUUAUCAGGUUUAUCCUCGAAGUUUCAUGGAUGCUAAUGGCGAUGGAAUUGGCGAUUUACAAGGUAUAAUCAACAAAUUAGAAUAUUUCAAAACUACAGGAAUUACAGCAAUAUGGUUAUCUCCAAUAUAUACUAGCCCAAUGGUAGACUUUGGCUAUGAUAUUUCAAAUUUUCGAGAUGUCGAUCAAACUUUCGGAACAAUGAAAGACCUAGAAAAUUUAAUAGAAAGGUCCAAGCAACUAGGUGUUAAAAUCAUUAUGGAUUUGAUACCUAAUCAUACUUCUAAUAAACAUGAAUGGUUUAUCAAAAGUACUAACAAUGAACAAAAAUAUAAUAAUUAUUAUGUUUGGCGAAAAGGGAAAAAUAAUGACAACAAUACUGCGCCAAAUAAUUGGAUUAGCGUUUUUAGUGGAUCUGCUUGGAAGUAUAAUUCAAACCGUGAUUUAUGGUAUUUGCACCAGUUUGAAUAUAGGCAACCUGAUUUGAAUUACAACAAUCCUGAUGUUCGACGAGAAAUAGAGGAGAUCAUAAAGUUUUGGUUAGGUAAAGGCAUUGAUGGUUUUCGAAUAGACGCAAUUCCCUAUGUGUAUGAAAAUGACGACUUUCCGGAUGAACCAUUAUCGAAUGCAUCUGGAGUUACGAGCCAAGAAUAUGCUUAUUUAAACCACAUAUAUAGCACAGACAAUUAUCGGACAUAUGAAUUAGUCAAAAGUUGGAGAAAAAUAUUAGAUGAUUGGUCUGAUACACAUAAUGAAGAUGAAAAAAUUUUAUUCACUGAAGCCUAUACAAAUUUACUUAACACAACUAAAUAUUACCGAUUUGGAUCACAAGUACCUUUUAAUUUUAACUUCAUUACGAAUGUACAUAAUAAUUCGAAGCCUGCAGAAUUCAAAAAAGUAAUUGAUGAUUGGAUAGCUCAAACGCCAAUAAAUGCGUCAGCUAAUUGGGUGAUGGGUAAUCACGAUCGCAGUCGUACUGCUACACGGUACCCAGGAAGAGCCGAUCAAAUGACGAUGUUAGCAAUGAUACUGCCAGGCAUUGCUGUUACUUACAAUGGAGAAGAAAUUGCUAUGGAAGAUAAAUUGGAUAUCAGCUGGAAAGCGACCCAGGAUCCGCAAGCUUGCAACACUGAUCCUAAACAUUACAAAAUAUAUUCCCGCGAUCCCAAUAGAACACCAUUUCAAUGGGAUGAUUCAAAAAACGCAGGUUUUAGCACUAAUGAUACCACAUGGUUACCCAUUCAUGAAAAUUAUAAAACCAUAAAUUUAGCAAAGCAAAUAAAGGACGUAGAAUCACAUUAUAAUCUUUAUCGAAGAUUAAUUAUGUUGAGAAGUAAUUCCAAUGUUUUAAAGAAUGGAACUUUAAAAAUAGAAAUUUUAAAUAAUGAUGAAGUUUUGUCAGUUAUAAGACAGUAUGAAAAUGAAAACGUUAUUCUUUUAAUUAAUUUUUCUAAUGAUAAAUUGCAACACAUAAAUGUUUCCUCCCACACAAAUGGAGUUACCAAUGGAACAAUUUACAUAUCUAGUGUACAAUCGGGAAUUAAAUGGAAUUCAUCAGUAUCUGUCUCAAACAUUACGUUAAAAGGUAAAGCUUCAUUAAUUCUAUUAGUAAAAUCGAAUGCAUAUACGAAUGGAACAACUUUAACGUUGGUAUCAAUAAAAUUAUUGAUUUCAAUAAUAUUAAUUUCUCUUUUUAAAUUAACAUAAUCUAACAAAG